AUGCAGGUACUAUGUAUUAACUGGUAUUUCACUUGUGCUGCUAUAAAUGACACCAGUUAAAUCUGUGAUGUUUAUGUUCGGAGGUUCAUGCUUAUAAUGCAUAACUCUGUAAGUUCUUAUAAAUGUGAGCAAAGACUGGGUCCAAUUCUAUCUUACACCAAUGGACUUUCUGGAUUAUAACACACAGAAAUAUGAAUGCUGCAAACAAAAUAAUUUCCAAUAUUUUAAUCAGAAAGAAUUUGCAGGCUAUGAGUCUACAUUCUUAUUUAAGUGGAUUGCUAAAAGUGAAAAAGAUCAAACAAACCAAAGAAACCGGGAGCUGAAUUAUGUGAAGUAUUGGACUCCCUGCUCCUUGUCUAAAAGACAGCAUGAAUUUCAGCUAUCGAUCUGUCUUGAAGUACUCAUCUUAUUGGCAUGCAAAUGUUUUUAAACAAUAACUUCAGGAAAAGUCUUUGGAUUAAAGAUCAAGACUAUAAUUGUUUGCUUAAGUUGGCCAUUAAUUCUUGGCGGUAUUUCUAUACUCCAGGGCAGGAAGUCCCACCACAGAGGAGGACUUUUAGCCCACCAGAGGCUGGCAGCCUGCCAAAACUUGGAGUUAGAGGUGUGUAGAACUGGAUCAGCAUUUGAAUAAGUGUACUGGGGUCUCGCUUAGUAUUGACAGAUCUCCUGAGCGGAGCAAAAUGGCUGGGAAGCUGUGGUUUGAGAGGCCUUACAGGGAGGAGAGCAUGGUUGGGGCUAAUGCUUUUAGGGAACUGUUAAGGAGAGAACUUACCUAACCAUCAUUGCAGGCAGGAAAACAUGCUGGGCUGUGUGCUUGGUGUGGGCUUAUUCUGCUGUUUAGUUAAAUCAUAGUGACAGUAAGAGGUGCUUGUGGUGAUUAGUUGCCCACAUAAGAGCCUCAGUUGAAUCACUGGCACGUGGAAUGAUCAUAGUCAUCUCUGCUACUGGUAUAAUUGCAGUUGGGGCAUAGACUGGUGGCUGGUGGCAGGCAAGCCAUUUAUUGGAUUUAAUUAAUCCCCACCUUCAACCCCAUCAUAAAUUUACUUUGAAAUUCACAACUGAAGGAGAUUAUUGUGAGAUACAGUGCUGUUUAUUUUAGUAAUAAACAACAAUUUCAGGAAAAGUGUCUGGAUUACAAUAUAAAAGAUUAUAUUAAGAAAUGGGCUUAAAUUGUGUCCUAAUUCAGACCUGAAAGGAUAGAAUAUUGUUCCUACCAUAUCUGUGGAGACAUAAUGGCUGGAAACUACACUGAAGUAAUGAGCAGAGAGUUAAAAUUUAUUUAAUUUGAUUGACUUAUUGUCACGUGCCGCUUGUUACAAAAUACAAUGAAAAAUGUUGUAUAGUGUUGCCACUCUUUGGUGCCAUGUUUAAACACAGAAAAAUAAACCAAAACAUAGAAUAUAAAGGCACGAAAAUGAAGAAUUAAAGAAAGUGUCCAACUUUACACUUCUUCUUGUUAAGUGCUCCAUCACGGGCCAUGGGCCUGCUGGCCCAGCACGAGCCCCCUUCGUCGCAUCACCACUGAAACAAAAGUCGUUAUUCUUUGGUGCCAUCUCACCAUCACCGAUACCCUCACCACUAUGAGUCCUUGCUGGGCCUCGCCACCAAUGCUGUCAGACACUGAACCAGCUGAAACUUGACUUUGCUGUUGCCAUGAGUCCGCUUCAGGCCCACCUUGAUGAUGCAGCUGUUGGGUUUUGUACUGGGCCCAGACUCACCUCCGCCAUGGCCUCGACCAUGAAUCUGCACUGGAAGCAGACCCUGCUGGGAACCCAAACUUGCCUCUGCAGCGGCAGCCAUGAGUCAGCACGAGGACGGCCUUGUCGAUGCAGGAGCUGCUGGGAAUCCAAAUUGGCCUCCGAUGUUGCUGCCACAAGUCUGCGCCGCUGGGCCUACUCGAGUUCAUGCUUCUGGGCCCACUUGCUGCUGCCAAUGCCAUUGCUGCAACUGAGCUCUUCACCAAGAGUAAUGCACUUCAGUGAUGAUUACUGCACGGAUGUCAAACCCAGGAUCCUGCUAAUGGGACUGAGAAGAAGUGGAAAAUCUUCCAUCCAGAAAGUUGUCUUCCACAAAAUGUCACCUAAUGAGACGCUCUUCCUAGAAAGUACCAACAAAAUUUGUCGGGAUGAUAUCGCCAACAGCUCUUUUGUUAAUUUUCAGAUCUGGGAUUUUCCUGGGCAGAUUGAUUUUUUUGAUCCAACAUUUGACUAUGAGAUGAUCUUCAGAGGGACUGGGGCCUUGAUAUUUGUGAUUGAUGCUCAGGACGAUUACAUGGAGGCUUUGGCCAGACUGCAUCUCACGGUUUCCAGAGCAUUCAAAGUAAAUAAGGAAAUCAAUUUUGAAGUUUUCAUCCAUAAAGUAGAUGGUUUAUCUGAUGAUCACAAGAUAGAAACACAAAGAGAUAUUCACCAACGAGCAAAUGAUGAUCUUGCAGAUGCUGGCUUGGAAAAAAUUCACCUCAGUUUCUAUUUGACGAGUAUUUAUGACCAUUCAAUAUUUGAAGCAUUUAGUAAAGUGGUGCAGAAACUGAUUCCUCAGCUUCCGACUUUAGAGAAUCUUCUAAACAUCUUCAUUUCAAAUUCAGGAAUUGAAAAAGCCUUCCUCUUUGAUGUAGUCAGCAAAAUCUACAUUGCAACAGACAGUAUACCAGUAGACAUGCAGACUUAUGAACUCUGCUGUGACAUGAUAGAUGUUGUAUUUGACAUAUCCUGCAUAUACGGACUUCGAGAAUUUGGUGGAGGAAGUACAUAUGACAAAGAAUCCGUAGCAAUCAUAAAACUGAACAACACAACAGUUUUGUAUCUAAAAGAGGUGACAAAAUUCCUUGGCCUUGUUUGCUUUCUUAGAGAAGAAAGUUUUGAGCGGAAAGGUUUGAUAGACUACAAUUUUCAUUGUUUCCGCAAAGCAAUUCAUGAGAUUUUUGAAGUUCGUACAACUAUGCUUAGGUGCCAUAAACAGUACAGAGGACUGCAACGAAGCAAACUGGGAACUGCCAAUGGCAUACUUGGACUUCACUCGUAAUGGCUGCCAUGCUCACAGUGUUUCUGUUAGCAUAUUCAGUAAUGCUAAGUAGAUAUACUGUGAAAAUAAUGCACUGAUAGCAUGAAGAUAAUGCUCAGGAUACUAAUGCCGAUAAAGAAAUAGCUCUAAAGCAAGCACUUUGUAAAAUGUAUAUUUUUCUUUAGCAGAUGCUGAAAAUCAGUAUUAUCAUAUAUAACUUCUAUGUAUUACAAAUCCCUUUGUAGCAGUUCAGUUCAAAAUAAAUUAAAACUACUUUAAUAUGCUACAAA